CGGCGCAGGCAGCGCCCCGGCCGCCCGCGCCUCCGCCGGGGGGCGGCCCCGCGCUGCCUCCGGGCCUCGCCGCCAUCUUGGCCGCUGCCCCGGGAGCGGGCCGGGCCGGGCCGGGCCGGGGGAGAAAAUGAUCCACAGCCUGUUUCUUAUAAACUGUUCUGGUGAUAUCUUCUUGGAAAAGCACUGGAAGAGCGUUGUGAGCCAAUCUGUGUGCGAUUAUUUCUUUGAAGCUCAGGAGAAAGCAAUCGAUGUUGAGAAUGUGCCUCCUGUCAUCUCCACUCCACAUCACUACCUCAUCAGCAUCUAUCGGGAUAAAAUCUUCUUUGUGUCUGUCAUACAGACAGAAGUGCCACCACUCUUCGUAAUUGAAUUUCUGCACCGAGUAGCAGAUACUUUCCAGGAUUACUUUGGUGAAUGUUCUGAGACGGCAAUUAAGGACAAUGUAGUAAUUGUGUAUGAACUUCUAGAAGAAAUGCUAGACAAUGGCUUUCCACUGGCAACAGAAUCUAACAUACUGAAGGAGCUGAUUAAGCCUCCCACAAUUUUGCGCUCGGUUGUCAACUCCAUCACAGGCAGUAGCAAUGUGGGAGACACACUUCCCACUGGACAGUUAUCCAACAUUCCUUGGCGCAGAGCAGGAGUAAAAUACACAAACAACGAAGCCUAUUUUGAUGUCAUUGAAGAAAUCGAUGCAAUUAUAGACAAAUCAGGUUCCACAGUCUUUGCAGAAAUCCAAGGUGUUAUUGAUUCAUGUAUUAAGCUCUCAGGAAUGCCAGAUCUUUCCCUGUCUUUCAUGAACCCGCGGCUGCUGGAUGAUGUCAGCUUCCAUCCGUGUAUUCGGUUCAAACGCUGGGAGUCUGAGAGAGUCCUUUCGUUUAUUCCUCCCGAUGGCAAUUUCCGGCUCAUCUCCUACCGCGUCAGUUCCCAGAACUUGGUGGCAAUUCCUGUAUAUGUGAAGCACAUGAUCAGUUUUAAAGAAAAUACUUCUUCAGGAAGAUUUGAUGUUACCAUUGGACCAAAACAGAAUAUGGGGAAAACAGUAGAAGGAGUUGUCAUGACAGUUCACAUGCCAAAGGCUGUACUUAACAUGAACCUCACUGCUACACAAGGCAGCUAUACAUUUGACCCAGUUACUAAAGUGCUAACGUGGGAUGUGGGCAAAAUUACCCCUCAAAAGCUACCAAACCUGAAGGGCAUGGUGAACCUGCAGUCUGGGGCCCCCAAGCCAGAGGAGAACCCAAGUUUAAACAUCCAGUUUAAAAUACAACAGCUUGCAAUUUCAGGACUGAAAGUGAAUCGCCUAGACAUGUAUGGAGAAAAAUACAAGCCUUUUAAAGGUGUCAAAUAUAUUACAAAAGCAGGAAAAUUCCAAGUCAGGACGUGAGAAGAUGCUAAGAGGAAAUUCCCCUUAAAAAAACUUGACUGCUUAGUGACUUAUGUUGGUUAGGUGCCAAUUAAUUAAUUAAUAGACACUGAUUAGUUUGGAAUCAAAGCAUUUGUGCACAGCAGCUAUUAAAAUGAAAGCAUAGCUUAGUUCUUCUUAAUAUGGCUUUAAAAUAAGGUACUUUUUUUUCUACUAUACUUUCAUUCUUUUUUACUGAAUUGUUGUGCUGGUGAAUAGUUUGAUAUGGGAAACCCACAAAAUGUUGCAAACACUACACUGCCAGUCAGAUACCAAAGCCCUGAGGUCAAGCACAUUCUGAAGGCCAGACAGGCAUUCCACAAAGCAGCACGUAAUCCCUUCAGGAAUAGAGAGCAGCAGUGAGAGGGGCAAGGGUCCCCCCAGGGCCUGGGACAUUGCAAGUGUCACUCCUGAAAAAGCUUCUGAUGAAGUAAAAAAUAAUUUGUGUUGUUUACAAGAAAUCGCCUUUCUUAAGAAGCAUUUGCCUUAAUCAGCUUUCAUUUCUGCCAUCUGCAGAUGAGCUGAUAAAAAUAACAUCCUGCAUUAAAUCUGGGAGGUGAGUGUUGCUUCCGUAAUCCACUUUCUUUCCAUCCAAUCUCAUCACCCCCAUCAUUUUUUUAAGAAUACAGUUGCAGAGAGUAAGAUCUAUUUUUUAUGUGAAGCCUUUGCUUUGAUUUAGAUGGUCUACUUGUUUGAAGUGGAUGCCACCAGAUCUGUGCAGUGUGUACCUUCCAGCAUAGCUUUUUAGAUAGCACAAUAGAAGUGUCAAGUGUAUUUAAUGGUUGUGUGCUUUAAUGUUCUGAAAUAAAGGGAACUCUUAUGACAUGUUCAUGCCCUUGUAAACUAUCCAUGAUGCUCUUAAGCAGGAGGUAUCUGAUACACUAUUAAACAAUGACUAUUUGCUACA